AUGUAUGAGGAGACAGGAGGAAAAAGAUUAGGCUAUAAGCAUGCAGAUAUAGGGAAACUUCCUACUGAAAAUGUCCAAAACUCACCAUCCCUUGGAACCUCCAGUUCUCUGCAGCUCUCACUUCCUGUGAUGAGCAAAGCCACUUCCUUAAUGGCUUGCAACUCCUCCAGAGUCUCAGCUCCGCCCUCAGUUUGGCUCUCGGCCUCUGCCACCUCAUCCCAGCCAGUUCCAGCUAGUGCCUAUCUUUACCAACAUUCUAGCACAACUAGGUUUUGGGGGGUUACUGGGCACAAUAUCACAGGAAGCUCUGAAAACAGGUCUCCCUCACUGGAGGCCUUCACGCUGACUGUCACUGACCACAGCACAGCAGGUGCUUCCACACCCAAGAUGGCCCAUGCCAAUGCCAUCAUCCCAGUGUAUCAAUCACUGUCUGCCAGCCUGGCCCAGGGGACACCACCACACAUUCUGAAUCAGGGACACAGCCUGCACCCUGCCUACCAACAAGAAAGCCAGAUGUGUCAUACACAGGGAUCAGGGCCUCUGCCCCUCAACCAGAAAUACCAAAGAUGCUGGACCCAUCAAGGUGAAUCAGUACAGAAAUCAGGUGUUGCAAAAAGUCUCUUGCACCAAAUAAGGAAGAACAAGCAAAAAGCCUCUAGGUCAAUCACUGGAGCUCCUGAGGCUAAAAUCCAGUUGAAAGACCCUGAGGGUCUGUCAGAGGGAGAAGUGCUUGUUUCCAGUGCAGUGGCCAGUGACAGGGCUCCCAUGAACACUGCCAAGCAUUCCAACAGCAAACCUCUGAGAGCAACAUCCAGCAGGACCAGGCAAACUAAGGGCUGUGAGCAAGCAAGGGCCAAGAGGACCAGAGAAAAAAAUUUCAGGAAACAAGAGAGCUGGCUCUUCUCCUCCCAGGCCCUGGGAACCUUGAGCAGCACCAAAGACCCUAAGCCAUCACCAACAACAAAUGGUGUCUGGGGCCCUCAUGGGACUUCCUUAUGGGAAGGGGUCCAACAGGGCUCAGAUCAGUUUUCUGAGACCACAUGGCAGCCUGAAAAAAGGGUUCCAUCUCCAUCCCUGUGUCAGCUACCACCACCUGGGAAGGUCAAGUUAAUACCUUUACCUUUUCCCAGCCCAGACAAGCCUCAAGACUUACCCUGCCUGACCUUCUGCUAUGAGCACAACUCAGCCAUCCCAACCAGCUGCUGCCAACACGUCUCCCAUGUCACACCUGCUCAGCCAAUCCCGGACAAUCCACAAAGCCCAUUUCUCCUUCAAGAUUUCCACUAACAACCAAUUCCCAGGAGGGAACCCAGUAUUCCUGAACCAGUAAUAUCAAGCCCUGAUACAGAAGAACAGAGGCCAGAACUCGAAGCCAGAAAGAGGCAGGCUCAGCAAGAGUUGGAGCUGGCCACCAAACACACCUCUCCAGGGAAACUGCAGUUUUGCAGGCAGAGGGAGAAAGACAGGGAAAUUGUUCAGUACUACGGGUACACAAGAUGAGGUAGGGAUGGGUGGAGGGGUUGAAGGGAGGGUAGGGGAAUGGGGAAAAAAUAAGAACCAAGACAUAUUAUGUAAAGGUGCAGAUUUCCAAUGAUGAAUGUCAUU